UCGUAAUUAAUUAAUUUUUCGUAUUCGUAGUAGUUAGGACUGUUUAUGUAAGUUUAAUAAUCGAGUGAUAGAAAUUUUUCUGUGUUCGGUGAACAGUACAUGUACUAGAUUUUAACUAGAUACGUAGCAUGUAUCUAGCUAAAGAAGUAUGAUCACGAUGGAUCUGCCAGCGAGACAACGACUCUACAACGUGUGUAUUACCUCGUGUACAUCGAACAGUCCUAAAAAAAUGCAUUAAGACGAAUCGUUUGCUCGAACGGAAACUGUGAGACAAUUUCGAUUGAAAAAGACUUUGAAUAUUUUCGGAAACAAAAAAAAGAAAAAAGAGAGAAAAGAAAAGAAAGGAAAAAUAGAGAAAAGAAAGGAGUAGAAUUAACAGAGACAGAGUAGUUGUUAUCGGUGGAGGGGUGAAGUUUGAGGAUAGUUGUUGGGAUUGACCAAGGACGAGAACACCAGGCGAUAAUUGGUGUCGCAGCCGGUGUUCGAUGAGAACCGAACAAGAUUUGGUGCAUACCCAGCGUACGUGAAAAGAUCCUCGGCCACGAGGACGGGGCGCCGAAGAGAUCGUCUUCAACCACGACGAUCACGACGACAGCGAUGCUGCGCUCGCCGGCGCGCGUCGUUCUCCAGGAUUCUUCCGCCUCGACGUCCUCGACCCUGUCGGCGCCACCGACGCCGGUCCACCACGGCGCUGCUACCAGCUCGACCGUCUCCUCGCGUCUUUCCCUCCUCGACACCUGCCACAGGAAGAUCAGGUUCUUCGGCGAGCUUGUCGCAAAAGCCCGACGAAAGGAGAAGGAUGCGGGAACUACAGAGGAUCCAAAAUUGUACCUCGAGGAGGCGGCCCUUGAAAGGCAGCUGCCAGAGCUGGACCUGAGGAUGCUGGUCGAUUUACCACCCGGUUUGGACUACAACGAAUGGUUGGCCUCUCAUACUCUCGCACUAUUCGAUCACAUCAAUCUCGUUUACGGAACGAUAUCCGAGUUCUGCACGAUGACGGGCUGUCCCGAUAUGACCGGUCCUGGCUUAAGAACUUAUCUGUGGUUUGAUGAGAAAGGGAAGAAAACGAGAGUGGCAGCGCCACAAUAUAUAGAUUAUGUUAUGACUUUUACACAACGCACCGUUAGUGACGAAACUAUAUUUCCUACGAAAUAUGCAAAUGAAUUUCCUAGCUCGUUCGAAUCGAUAGUGCGUAAGAUCCUGCGGCUACUGUACCAUGUGGUGGCACACAUAUACCACUGCCACUUCAGAGAGGUAGCACUCUUGGGGUUGCACGCUCACCUCAAUUGUGUAUUUGCCCACCUCACGCUCCUUAAUCAACGCUUCAACCUUAUCGAUCCCAAGGAAACGGAGAUCUUAGGAGACUUAGAAGCUGCCCUCUUGGGUGACUCGACAUCAUCAUCAGCGCCUUCAUCACAGACCUUAGCCAUCCAGGAGACUCCGACCACAGCCACCUAGAUCGCGAUGCACAGAAAGCAAGAGGUUGCAGUUCCUGAGACUAGGUGACGAUAGGCGUUUUAUUUCUUUCCUUAUUCUUUCCCUUCUCUGACUUUCUCUUUUUUCUCUUUCUCUUACUAUUUCUCUCCCCUCCUCUCUCUUUCUCUUUUCUAUUUUGUUUUUUUAAAUAGAAUAUGCGAACGACAGAGUUUAAGCAUUAACGACUACAUACGCAGGUGGAGCGAAAGCGCAAUUCUGUAAAAACCAAGUAGUACCUGUACAUAGCGAAGUGUGAACAACUACAUGAUGUAAUUAGGUUCCUCCGUUUGUUGUUUGUGAGAUUGUACAUAAUUUAUUAAACAGUAAGAUAUACGAAAGAGACGAAGGAUGAUUAUUAAUUAUUAUUGACAAAGUUAGUUGCUAUAAGAGGAUAAUUUGUUCUGUAAAAACAAAAAAAGAAAGAAAAAAAGCAAAAAAUAACAAAAUGAAUGAAACUGAUGAUAAUAUUGUAAAGUUUAAACAAUACCAAAUAUAUACCUGGUGUUAAGGCA